CAAAAGAAAACCCCAACGCUAUAAAACAGCCACUCUUCUCUCUCUCUCUCUCUCUCUCUCUGGCCCGAGGACCUCAGAAUGGAAGCCUCUCCCCUGCCCCCUCGCCGGCGAGACUGAGACCACCGCCCUCGCCAAUCCCACAUUGACCCCUCAGGCCUUCUCCGGACCCUCCCCGCCGUCCCUUUCCCCCUCCCAUGGACGGCGACACCGAUCAUUCAGUCCUCUCCCGCCUCUGAAUUCUCCUGCGUUCUCCCGCUUGCAUUAUCGUCAGCAGGUAUAUUGACUUUCGAAGGUCUUCUUGUGCUUAAUCAGUCAGGGAAAUUGUCAUCUGCACCGAUGGGGAGUACAUUCAAUCCCCAAAUUCUAAUUGACAAGCUAACGAAGCUCAACAGCUCACAGACAAGCAUCGAAACUUUGUCGCAUUGGUGCAUAUUCCAUAUGUACAAGGCAAGACAAGUUGUUGAAACAUGGGCCAAACAAUUCCAUUGCGCUCCCCGUGAACAACGUCUGGCUUUUCUGUAUCUUGCAAAUGAUAUUCUGCAGAAUAGCCGGAGAAAGGGUUCUGACUUUGUUGGUGAGUUCUGGAAGGUUCUUCCGGACGCUCUUCGCGAUGUCAUGCAGAAUGGGGAUGAGUUUGCAAGAACUUCUGCUAUGAGAUUGAUUCAUAUAUGGGAGGACAGGAAGGUUUUUGGUUCUCGCGGGCAGAUACUUAAGGAAGAGUUCUUGGGAAGGAACACGGAAAGUAGCAACCGUAAUGGGAAGGAUUCUGGGUUUAAGCUGAGACACAAUGCUGGAAGUGCAUUGGACAAGAUUGUCACGGGGUAUCAGAUUGUUUAUGGUGGGCCAAUGGAUGAUGUGGCCAUGCUCAGCAAAUGUCAGGAUACAAUGGAAUUCUUCGACAAAGUGGAAAAGGGAAUCAGUAGUGAUAACAACUCAGAGAAAUUCUGUGAUUUAGCAUUCGUGGAGGAGCUCCGUGGGCAAAGUGCCAUGCUAAGAAACUGUAUUGACCAACUGACUACAGUUGAAUCAUCAAGAGCAAGGCUCGUCGCUGAUCUCAGGAAUUGUCUUCAGGAGCAGGAAUUCAAGCUGGAUCAAGUCCGUAAUCAGCUUCAGGUUGCUCGAUCAAGAUCUGAACAGGCAAAUAAGCUCUGCCACCAGUUCCUCAAAGGCAACGGGAAUGGCAACAGUAAGCCACUCCCGGUCGAACAGAACUCAAAAGAUGCUCAGAGCUACAAUGCACCCGCAGAGAGGGAGCAUUCAGCCCCAGUAAUGUACACUAGGCAGGUGCCCUCCUUUCCCGACAAGUCUGCUGCUGAGGAGGAUCCCCAGAAGUCUGCAGCUGCUGAAAUGCCAGCUAAACUGACGGCCUCAACCUGCUCAGCCCAGAUGCUGUCGUAUGUCCUGUCCUCCCUCGCGUCUGAGGGUGUCAUUGGCCACCAAGGCGAAGACUCCCCAGCUGAGAAGCGGCCAAAGCUCGAGGCUGACCAGCAGUCAUCAUCUUAUGUUCCCCCGCUGCCGCCGCCAAACAAUCGCCAGCAGCCACCACCACCACCUCUUGCUCCUUUCCCGCGCCCUGAAGCUGUCCAGAAUGACCCCUCUAUCCCUCAACCGCCAACCUCUCCACCUCCUAUGCCCCCACUUCCCCCCAUGGCUUCAUACCCAAUGCUGCUGCCACCUUUCAUGCCGCUUUCAGGGCCGGCAAAUGGCUUGCCAUAUUAUGCCAUGACCCAGCAGCAGCCCCCGCUGCUGCCACCAUCCUUGCCCUCAUACACCCCCAUCUCCAGCAGCUUGCCUCCCUUUACUCCGCAGCCACCUCCCCCAGGUGCUUACCCGGGCUUCCAGGGAUCAGACAUCAAUAUCUACGGCCAACCGCCUUCAGUUCCAAUGGCACCGAUCUCCCGGCAGUAGGCGAUCCCAAACCCUGUCUGUGCUUUAGGUAAAGAAAGUUAGGAGAAUUGGGAGGAAGGCUUCUUCUACUCACUCGCAGCAGUAAGAAGGCUUCGUCUCUGUAGCUCUGGUUGAGGCCGACCUUCCUCCCUUCAUCAGCCUUUGUGCAAUCCAUAGUUCACCAAACUUAGCAUUUUCACAGUGUAAAUAUCUGUAGUUUUCAUGUACUUUGUAGUGAUUAAUUAUGAACUGGUUGACAUAGAAGUGUUGAAUUUGAAGGGCCUUCAAUUUUUGGGACCAUAUAUAUUUUGUACUUUAUCUGGUUUAUCUUUUCAGAUAUUCCUAUUUGUUACA